AUGGCUUCGUCACUGCUUAUGCAUAUCCAGUGUUCAGUUUGUUUGAGUGAUUACACAGAUCCGGUGAGUCUUCCCUGCGAUCACUCUUACUGUCGACAGUGCAUCUGUGGUCAUGUACAAGCCAGUACCAGAUCAGACGGAAAGGCAGAAUGUCCAGAAUGCCGGACCCUCUUCUCCCCAAAGGAUAUCCGAGCCAACAGACUCCUGAGGAACAUGGCAGAUGCCAUCAGAGAUCACGUGGCAGAUCUCAAACUUGGAGAUACCGCUGAGGACAGUGCCCAAAACAAGCUCAAGACUGAGGUGACGUCUCGGGAGCAUACAGGUUGGAUGUUGUGUCCUUUGCAUGAGGAGAAUCUUAAACUGUUCUGUGAGACAGAGCAAAAACUUAUCUGUUUAAUCUGUCGCGAUGAUCCAACUCACCAGGGACACAAGUUUGUACCAGCUAAGGAAGCAGCAAAUACCAGGAAGGGUGAGGUUAAAGGAGUGCUGGGUUUUCUGUCAAAAGAAAAUGUGGAGCUGGACAAAAUGAUCCAACAGCAGGUUUCUGAAAUCAGCAAGACUGAGGAGAGGUCUGAAUGCUUGUCAAACCAGAUUUCUGCUCAGUUUGAGGAGAUGCAUGAGUUUCUGAGAAAGAGGGAGGAGGAUGUAAAGAAAAUGCUAGAAAAGGAAAAGACAGAAGCUGUAAAAUCAAUGAGGAAAAACAUCUCACUGUUCGAGAAAAAUUUGUCAUGCGGUAUAGAGAAGCAGGUCACUCUGUUGUCAUCCUGGGAUCAGCAACCAGAUGACAGCUUUCUACAGUGGUGGAUUGAGAGUGGAAAAACUAUGAUUGAGGAAAUGAAAUGGAGCGAUGAUGAGAACUCAGCAAAAGAAGCAAACAAGGUCUCUCCCAAAGGACUGUCAAACGUAAAAGAUCUUCAUGUGAUUCCUCACUCCCUGUUCCUGGGACCCUAUGAGACUCACCUGAAGUUCUUUGUGUGGAAAGAGAUGCUGGAAACCGUUAAACCAGUCCCACUUCAUCAUAGCAUGGAAAACAACAGUGACCCUUACAUGCGAGUAACCGACAGUGGUCUCUGUGCCUUCCGUAGGUCCAAAACAGGAAUACUAGGCACUAUGAAGGAUUACCUGUCCUUUACAAACACCAAGGAAUUUCUUGCGCGUGAGCAGCCUUACUGGGAGGUAGAGGUCGGGGAGAAAUUAGAAUGGGGUGUGGGCGUUUGUGCGCGGAAGAGCGAAAACGGAAUUCCAGAUACAGUGUUGGUCUUCAGUAGAGAGGAAGGCUAUAUGAUCUCCAGGUAUCCUUGUGAGGAUGAAAAAGACUUAAGAGCCAUAGAGGUAGAAGUCAAACCCAGAAAGAUAGGAGUGUACAUGGACUGUGAGAGAAAUGAGGUCUCAUUUUAUAACGCUGACAACAUGACGCUUAUCGAAAAGACCAAAUGUCAUUUUAAGUCGCCUCAUGCACUGUGUCUCUCUCCUGGAUCCUAUCUUGACGGGAAGAACAUUGAUCCAGUGUUGGUGUGCUGGUAUUAA